GAGAUGUCUGGUGAUUGGCCAAUUACGAAUAGUGGGAAAUCCCAGUUGAUACCUGCUCUUCCGUGCUGAAUGUUCUUGCGUUGUCGCGUGCGCGCGCGAGCACCAGCGCAUGCACGAGCAUGUACUGACGUUUCAGAAUUCUCGCGUCACCAUCGACCUCAAGCUUUACCCUGAAGGAACGUAGACGAUCGGACGACAAUUAGUAACGCGCGAAACGCCAUUCACGUUGCACGUUUCGUUGCACGUAUAUAACUUUCGAUUCGAAUUCGUGACUUUUCUCCUCCUUCCUCGUUUCUUCUUUUUUCUUUUUCCUUAUUUUUUCUAUCCUUUUCUUUUCUUUAACCGUCUAAAUAUAUCUGUCCAUGAUUUAUGAGAACACGGUUUCUUUGUAAAAACGACACAACUGAUACAACGUCGACGACGCUUGCAAUACUUAUGUUAAUUAACAGGAACGAUUUAUUUUCUUGCGAUAGUCGUACGAGUUUGAAUAGUUGCGCGUGGCGCGAAACGACGCACGAUUCCAAAUACAUACGUAUAUGUGAUCGCGUUUGUACAAAAGAUCUACAUAAAAAAAUUUAGAGCACAACAUCUCAGAAAGGGAUGAAUUCCUUCGAUAACUAUGACAGGACGAAUCUUUCGGAGGUUUGUUCCUCGGUGAUAAAUUUGAACGAUGAAAAUGAAAAUAACGAUCAUUUCUUGUGGAACAUGGAUACUCCAGUUAACAAAAAAGAUGGCUCGAUUUAUAAUUCGUAUGAACCUAAACGAAAAAGAUGUUUCCUCGGUGAAAACGAGGACAUCGAUGGAACCGGCUGGUGCGGGAAACCGAUCAAAAGUUGGUGCCAAGAGGAAACGAUAAGUUGGUUAAUGUCAGCCGCAUCUUCUAUAGGACUACCAUACAGGUCUAUCCAGCAGAGUCUUGCGGUUUCCGGGGAACAACUUGCUACGAUGACACGCAAUGAUUUCCUCUUUCACGAUCCGAUCUAUGGGGAUAAAUUAUAUUGCCAUCUUCAUUCUCAACAUAUUUCGAAUUCACUUCCACCGUUUGAGGCUAUACAUUCGCAUUCCGAGGAUGAUUUGGCUCAAAUGUCAUCAAGCGGUGUCUCUGAUACUGAGUCAGACAAUUGUAUGAAAAUUACGAUGAAACGACCACCGGGUAGGCCAAAAAUGUUAAAGCCGAAGAAAAAUGUCACGGGUCAAGGAAAACUAUGGGAGUUUAUUCGGGAUUUAUUACGCAAUCGAGAAACCUGUCCCAGUUUGAUUUGUUGGGAGGAUUAUUCGCAAGCUAAAUUUCGUUUUGUUAAGAGCGACGAAGUCGCGAAACGAUGGGGUUCCCGAAAAGGAAAUACAAAAAUGACCUAUGAAAAACUUAGUCGUGCCAUGAGAUACUAUUACAAAAGUAAGAUAUUUCAACCCGUACUUGGUCGAAGAUUGGUUUAUCAGUUCGGUCCUAACGCAAAAGGAUGGCAAACUGACAAUCCUAAUUUCCGAUAUUGACAUAAUUACGCAUACAGAAUUAAUUUUAAUUUCUAGAAUAUAAGAGCGAGUAAAAUAAAAGCUUUUCUGCAUACUUUUGUAAUUGUGAAAAUAUUUAAUAUUUUUACAACGGUCGCGAUACCUAUUGUAUCUAUGUAUAGAGCAAAGUUAAAAAAAAGAAAUACUAAUGCCAUAUUCGUCAGGAUCGCGUCCGAGAGAGAGAGAGAGAGAGAGAGAGAGAGAGAGAGAGAGAGAGAGAGAGAGAGAGAGAGAGAAAGAGAAUUUUGAAAGCAAAUCAUACAAGUAAGUAUAUUGUGUUGCAUUUUAUAGGCAUUACAUCUAAUUUUUACAUCCAUAUAGUUUAAUUGUUUAAUUUCAAGUUGUUGGUAAUCAGUCUUGGUUAGUUAUUUAUUAUAAUUUAUUAUAUACGUUUUCUGAGUCUUAUCCGUAAUAUAAUAUAUGCGACUGUAUCGAGGACAAUGUACAAAAUGAUCAGUACAAUCAUACAAAACCAAUAAUCUACGUGUUUCAUGCCGACGGCUAUCAUGAGUUGAUUGGGCAUGGCAAAAUGACAAUACACAUCAGAGCAAUGCAUUUUUGGUCUAUCGUACCUGAAAUUUGAUAAAAAAGAUAAAAAUUUCAAUUGGAAUUUUAUUUGGACUGGAUAUCUAUUUAGAUUAACAAAUAUCUGUAAUUACCCAUAAAUUGUCAUCAUUGUUCCUUCAAAACCAUAUUUGAGAAAAGAUAUAUGGAAUAACCAAUGUAAAUAAGGAUGUGCAUCGGUAAGGUGUACAAAAAAUCCACUAAAUAUUGUAAACGGUAGGAUGAAAAGUGGUCCAAAGAUCACACCGUUCUAAAAAGUUGACAACUUAACAUUGAUUAUGGCAAUCGGUGCUAAUUAUAAAUAUUAAGAAGCAUAUAAAUGAUCGAUUCUGCACAAACCUGUACUGUUAAACCUGCACCGAUGAUGAAACCGAUCGCUUGAGCUACCAAGGUAACGACGAAGCACAUCAACACGUAAAGAAUUAAUCUUUUUGUUUCCAAAAUUUGAUUGCUCAUGAAAUAUACUAUUAGCGUGUAUAUGCACGUUGCGGUGAAUUGUACUGGAAAAUCGGCAAAUUUGUUUGCCAAAUAGAACGAUCGAAGCUUAUACCAACGAUUAAAAUGUUCUCGCAUAAGUAUCGGCAACUCCAAAGGCACUACGUAAUAUACGUAAUGAAAAAAAAAAAAAAAAAAAAAGAAAAAAAAAAAAAAAACAAAGAAAAAAUAUUCGUUAAUAUUCUUAGAGUCGAUUAAA